AACGAAAAAGGAAAUAAAAGAGGAAGAAAGCAUGUCCGUGGCAUUGGCAUGGCCAUGACCAGAAGAACAGCAACAAUGUUGCUGCGUGGUUAGCAGUGAGAUACAGAGAGAAUCGAAUGCAACAACUCUCACGUUGGGACCAAUUUCCCUCGUUCCCCGUUCGAUUUUAUUUCCCCUGCAAAUCGUGAUGGAAGCGUUGAUCGAGUUAUGCGACCUCAUUGCGCAGAAUCCCUCGCAAUUCUCCGAUAAGCUCUCGUGGAUAUGCGACAAAUGCCCUCUGCCGGAGUACCUCUCGGCGGGCUCUCCUAGGGUUUCGCGCUCUCAGCUCAAUGCCGUCCUCGCCGUCUCGCGCUUCCUCUCCAACUGCCCCGAUUCCGCCGAUCUGCGCCCAAAGUCCGUCGUCCUCGAGUUCCUCCGCUCCGUUCCCCAUUCCUUCACUCAAUCCUUCUGGCCCCACCCUUUCAGCCUCGAUUCCGUCGCCUCUUUCUUCCUCGAUUUCACCGGCUACGUCUCCAAGGCCGCGCAAUCCUCGCCGGAUUUCGCCGAGGAGCUCGCCGCCUUCUCCGGCGAGGUAGUGAUUUCCGCGAUCCGCGAACAGCGCUCCAGCAUUGCUAGGGCUUUCUUGGCCGCUCUCUCGCAGAACUUUCUUCCAAUUUCGUCCUCCGAUGCCAACAGAUUGGUGACUUGUUUAAUCGAUCAAUUCGCUGCGCCUACGGUGGGGCCUGUUCCAGGCACGCCGAGGGAACAACUCGCUGCGGAAAAUUCCUCGGCUCAGAGCUCGCCCAUCAGUGUGAACCAUCAAUCCCUGACCAAUUACAAUGACAGUCCCGGGAAUGAGAAUGUUUCGGGUUCCUCGAGCAGUGUGGCUUCUAAGGCCGCGGAUGAUGCCAGCACCGCCUCGUCGAGAGGGAUGGUGAAUGGGGGAAACCAUGUCUGGAGGACCAGUGCUGAUCAAUUGGCACAGAAUUUGGGUUUAAAUGAUGGUGGUCUUGGCGUGGUCUCGUCUGGCCAUCAUCUUGUUUUGUUUGAGGAAGAGUCCGUGGAGUUCUUGGAGAGGCAGGAAAUAGCUUUUAAGUUGAUUGCUCACGUGUUGGAGAAGGUCCACGUUGAACCUGUGCUUUUGGAGCAGGUUAGGUUAAUUGGGAAGAAACAGAUACAGUCCAUGUCUGUGUUUCUGAAGAUAAGGAAGAGGGAUUGGCAUGAGCAGGGGUCUCUUUUAAAAGCUAGGAUUAAUACCAAACUGUCAGUGUAUAAAGCAGCGGUGAACCUGAAAAUCAAGAGCCUCUCAGCACUGGAUUCUGAUUCGAGGUCUGUUAAGAGGUUGGUUUAUGAGGCAGUUGCGAUACUGAUAGAUGCUGCUGAGGCAUGCUUACUCUCUGGAUGGCGUAAGUUGAGAUCGUGUGAAGAGCUCUUCAGUUCAUUGCUUCUUGGGGUAGCACAUAUUGCUAUUGCCCGAGGAGGACAGCCGCUGCGUAUUUUGCUCAUUCGCCUAAAGCCAAUUGUUCUCAACGUUUGUGCUCAGCCUGAUACAUGGAGUAACACCCAUGGGGGCAUGUUUGAGAGUGUCAUGAAGGCCAGCUGUCAGAUAAUUGAAUCCUGCUGGAAUAAGGAGCGAGCCCCUGUUGACACAUACAUAAUGGGAUUAGCUACAAGCAUACGUGAACGAAAUGAUUAUGAAGAACAGGACAACCAAGAGAAGCCUGAAGUUCCUUUUGUACAGCUUAAUGUUAUACGCCUGUUUGCUGAGCUGAGCGCUGCAGUCAACAAGUCUGAGCUGGUAGACGUGUUAUUACCUCUUUUUAUUGAAAGCCUAGAAGAGGGUGAUGCUUCAACUCCUAGUUUGUUGAGACUCCGACUUCUUGACGCUGUGUCUCGAAUGGCCAGUUUAGGUUUUGAGAAAUCUUACCGUGAAACAGUGGUUUUGAUGACUAGAAGUUACUUGAACAAACUUUCCAGUGUAGGAUCAGCUGAAAGCAAAACAGAGGCAACUGAAGCCACAACUGAGCGAGUUGAAACUCUACCUGCAGGAUUUCUUGUUAUUGCUAGUGGUCUUACUAGUGAUAGAUUGCGUUCAGAUUUUCGUCAUCGACUGCUCUCCCUAUGCUCAGAUGUUGGUUUAGCUGCUGAGGCUAAAAGUGGAAGGAGUGGAGCAGAUUUCCUGGGUCCUCUGCUCCCGGCAGUUGCUGCAAUUUGUUCCGAUUUUGAUCCUACUUUAAAUGUGGAGCCAUCACUUUUAAAACUAUUUCGCAACCUAUGGUUCUAUGUUGCUCUUUUUGGCCUAGCGCCACCGAUACAGAAGACUCCAGUAAAUACAAAGUCAGUUUCCAGUACACUGAACAGUGUGGGAAGCAUGGGUGCAAUUUCCCUCCAAGCUGUAAAUGGACCAUAUAUGUGGAAUGUGGAGUGGUCUUCUGCUAUUCAAAGAAUUUCUCAGGGGACUCCUCCACUAGUUGUUAGCUCAGUGAAAUGGCUCGAGGAUGAGUUAGAACUAAAUGCUUUGCACAACCCAGGCAGUCGUCAAGGCAGUGGCAAUGAGAAAGCUGCACUUGCACAAAGGGCUGCUCUUUCUGCAGCUUUAGGAGGGAGAGUUGAUGUCACAGCAAUGACCACAAUCUCAGGAGUGAAGGCUACUUAUCUUCUUGCUGUAGCUUUUCUUGAGAUCAUCCGCUUCAGCAGCAAUGGUGGAAUCCUAACUGGUGGCACCACUAUGGAUGCUGCAAGAAGUGCCUUUACUUGUGUCUUUGAAUAUCUCAAGACUCCAAAUUUAAUGCCAGCUGUCUUUCAGUGUUUAACAGCAAUUGUCCACAGGGCUUUUGAAACAGCUCUGUCAUGGCUGGAAGAUCGAGUUUCUGAAAUAGGCCAUGAAGCUGAGACCCGAGAUUCAAUACUUACAAUGCAUACCUGUUUUCUAAUAAAAAGUCUGUCCCAGAGGGAGGAUCAUAUACGAGAUAUUGCAGAGAACUUGUUGAAUCAACUCAGAGAUAAGUUUCCACAGGUAAAUUUUCAACAGUAUGUUAUAAAUAUGCUUACAUGUAUAUGUAAUUACUUGCCUAAUGUGUCUCUGCCUUUUUUUUUGACAUCUGCAAUAUAUUUAAGAUUAAUGGUAUCUUUGCAGGUUUUAUGGGAUUCUUCCUGCAUAGAUUCUUUGCUAUUUUCAUUUAAUGGCGACUCUUCUACUGCGGUCAUCAAUGAUCCUGCUUGGACAGCAACAGUCCGUACCUUGUAUCAGAGAAUUGUUCGAGAAUGGAUAAUUAAAUCAGUUUCAAGUGCUCCGUGCACUAGCCAGGGCCUUCUUCAGGAUAAACUUUGUAAAGCGAAUACUUGGCAAAGAGCACAGCCCACAAUUGAUGUUGUUUUACUUUUAUCUGAGAUAAGAAUUGGCACUGGAAAAAAUGACAACUGGCCAAUACAAACAGCAAACGUUCCUGCAGUCAUGGCUGCAGCAGCUGCAGCUUCAGGAGCAAACUUAAAAGCAUCAGAGUCUUUUAAUUUAGAUGUUAUCAGUUCUGGUAAGUGUAACCAAGCUGCAGCGACAGUUAAGUGCAACCAUGCUGGAGAAAUUGCUGGAAUGAGAAGGUUGUAUAACAGCAUUGGUGGAUUUCAGUCCAGUACGGCACCUCCUGGUCUUGGACUUGGAGCUGGGCUUCAAAGAAUUAUAUCUGGAGCUUUUCCUCAGCAGCCACAAGCUGAGGAUGACUCGUUCAAUGGAAUGUUGCUUAAUAAGUUUGUGCGUUUACUUCAACAGUUUGUCAACAUAGCAGAGAAAGGUGGGGAAGUGGUCAGGUCUGAAUUUCGUGAUACUUGCUCUCAGGCCACUGUGCUGCUUUUGUCACAUUUGAGUUCUGGAUCCAAAUCGAACGUGGAGGGCUUCUCACAACUUCUCCGUCUUCUUUGUUGGUGUCCUGCUUACAUUUCCACUCAUGAUGCAAUGGAAACUGGUGUUUUCAUAUGGACAUGGUUGGUUUCUGCUGCACCUGAACUUGGAGCUCUUGUCCUUGCUGAGCUUGUCGAUGCAUGGUUAUGGACAAUUGAUACCAAGCGGGGUCUUUUUGCAUCUGAAGCAAGGUAUUCUGGACCUGCUGCAAAACUCAGGCCUCACCUGUCCCCUGGGGAGCCUGAAUUGCAGCCCGAGAUUGAUCCUGUGGAGCAGAUAAUUGCUCAUCGACUAUGGCUUGGAUUUCUCAUUGAUCGCUUUGAGGCAAUUCGACACCAAAGUGUCGAGCAACUCCUGCUUUUUGGUAGGAUGUUGCAGGGGACAACAAAGCUUCCUUGGAAUUUUUCACACCAUCCUGCAGCCAGUGGCACUUUUUUCACUCUUAUGCUUCUAGGACUCAAGUACUGCUCUUGCCAGUUUCAGGGCAAUCUGCAAAAAUUUCAAAUGGGGCUUCAGCUGCUGGAAGAUCGGAUUUAUAGGGCAUCUUUGGGUUGGUUUGCUUUUGAGCCUGAAUGGUAUGACACAAACUAUACAAACUUUGCUCAUUGUGAGGCUCAGUCUGUUUCUCUAUUUGUUCAAUACCUUUCAAAUAUGAAAGGAGAUACCGUCCAAGUUGGUUCAAAAGGAAAUGGACAAGAAAAUGGAAACACUUUGGCUGAUGCGAGUGACCACUAUCAUCCUGUUUGGGGUCAAAUGGAGAACUAUUCUGUAGGAAGAGAAAAACGGAGGCAGCUACUUUUAAUGCUAUGCCAGCAUGAGGCUGAUAGGCUUGACGUCUGGGCGCAGCCAACUAACACAAAGGAAAGUAGUUCCCGACCCAAGAUUAGUGCAGAUAAAUGGAUAGAAUAUACCAGGACUGCCUUCUCUGUGGAUCCUAGGCUUGCUUUAUCCUUGGCCUCAAGGUUCCCAACCAAUGCAUUUGUAAAAACUGAAGUAACUCAGCUUGUACAGGCAAAUAUAGUGGAUGUUCGCAACAUACCAGAAGCAUUACCUUACUUUAUCACCCCAAAGGCAGUUGAUGACAGUUCGGUGCUCUUGCAACAAUUGCCUCAUUGGGCUCCUUGUUCUAUUACACAAGCUUUAGAGUUCCUUUCUCCUGCGUACAAGGGUCAUCCACGGGUCAUGGCAUACGUUCUAAGGGUUCUGGAAUCCUAUCCUCCUGAACGAGUAACUUUUUUCAUGCCACAGCUGGUGCAGUCGUUGCGACAUGAUGAAGGGAAAUUAGUUGAAGGUUAUUUGCUUAGAGCUGCUCAAAGAAGUGACAUAUUUGCCCAUAUUCUUAUCUGGCAUUUGCAGGGUGAGACUGUACCCGAGACAGGAAAAGACCCAAACAGUGGGAAGAAUAAUUCAUUUCUAGAACUGCUGCCAGCUGUAAGGCAGCGUAUAAUUGACGGUUUUAAUCCAAAGGCACUUGACAUAUUUAAAAGAGAGUUUGAUUUCUUUGACAAAGUUACAUCCAUCUCUGGUGUACUAUUUCCACUUCCUAAAGAAGAACGCCGAGCCGGUAUCCGAAGGGAGUUGGAGAAAAUUGAAAUGGACGGUGAGGACCUUUAUUUACCGACAGCUCCUAACAAGCUUGUUAGGGGUAUUCGAGUAGAUAGUGGUAUUCCCUUACAAUCAGCCGCAAAAGUUCCAAUCAUGAUAACUUUUAAUGUAAUUGAUCGAGAUGGGGACGAAAAUGAUGUAAAGCCACAAGCUUGCAUUUUCAAGGUUGGAGAUGACUGUAGACAAGAUGUUCUUGCCCUUCAAGUGAUAGCACUACUUAGAGAUUUAUUUGAAGCCAUUGGAUUAAAUCUUUAUCUAUUUCCUUAUGGUGUACUGCCUACUGGUCCCGAGAGAGGUAUAAUAGAGGUUGUGCCAAAUACGCGCAGUAGAAGUCAGAUGGGGGAAACAACUGAUGGAGGUUUGUUUGAGAUAUUUCAGCAAGACUAUGGACCUGUUGGGUCUGCCAGUUUUGAGGCUGCACGCCAGAACUUUAUCAUUAGCAGUGCUGGUUAUGCUGUUGCUAGUCUUUUGCUUCAACCAAAGGAUAGGCACAAUGGGAACCUUCUUUUUGAUAAUGUUGGGAGGCUUGUUCAUAUUGACUUCGGUUUCAUCCUAGAAACUUCUCCCGGUGGGAAUAUGCGUUUUGAAAGUGCUCAUUUUAAGCUGAGCCAUGAGAUGACACAAUUACUAGAUCCAUCUGGUGUUAUGAAGAGUGAUACAUGGAAUCAAUUUUUAAGUUUGUGCGUGAAGGGGUACCUUGCUGCCCGUCGACGAAUGGAUGGGAUCAUCACUACUGUGGCAUUAAUGCUAGACAGCGGGUUACCUUGCUUCAGCAGGGGUGACCCGAUUGGCAAUCUUCGGAAGAGAUUUCAUCCGGAGAUGAGUGAGCGUGAAGCAGCCAAUUUCAUGACACAUGUUUGUAAAGAUGCUUAUAAUAAGUGGACCACUGCUGGCUAUGACUUGAUACAGUAUCUGCAGCAAGGCAUCGAGAAGUAAGAUAAUAUAGAGCUUACCUAUCAUGUACAUUGUUGCUUGUAAUUUUACAUUCAUUGUUGUCUUGUGCUAUGAUUUUUUGAGGAAUUUUCACCGUUAUAGUAUUGAGGAGGGAAUAGUAGUAAAUGGCGAAUGAAGAUUCAAAAGUUCUGUAAUAUUUUUUGGGGGUUCCUCGUAAUGUAAAAAUACAGCUCUGUAAUCUUAUUUAUUAUUGGUAAAUACAAUUCAUUGAGGUGAUACGUACAA